AUGACAGAGACAUUGAAUGUCCUAGUCAAUGAUGGAUCAAGGGUUGGCGCUUAUACACUUGAUCUGAUUGUGCCUCCGAAGUUGACUUCGGAGAUCACUCAGUUGCCAACGCUCGAACAUAAAAGGUUCUUGCGUGAUCUGCAUAGUGGCAAAGUCAAGCAGAUCUGCAUACUCGUCGCUGACGACGAGUGUGUAACCGACAUAAGGUCAGCAACAGUGUUUACUGAGAACGAGAGAGUUCUCAGUAGUUCAUCUAUGGACGAGAGUGUCUUGGAUGAAAAGACACGAAUUGAGCGAUAUGACUCCCAAUCGUCGGAAUCGCUCAAGACAAAUCCUCUCUAUGAAGAUUUGGUUGAAUUCAAGGAUGUAUUCCCUGAAACAGUUCCGUGCGAAUUACCGAAGGAUAAAGGUAUUCAACACGAGGUCGAGCUUAAACCGGGCUCGAAGUACUGUGUUAUGAAGCAGUGGCCACUGCCUCGUGAACAAGUACUUGCGGUCGACAAGCUCUUUGCCGAUCGUUUAGCUGCGGGCCAUAUGAGGGAAUCAACUUCCCCACAUAGCUCUCCGACCUUCUGUGUGCGAAAAGCAACAGGAGGGUGGCGGAUUGUGCAUGCAUUUAACAAGUUGAAUGCUGCAACGGUACCGGCUCAGACGCCGAUACCAAGGAAGGACGUAAUCAUUGAUGGUAUGUCAAAGAGUACCAUCUUUUCGUCCAUGGAUUUGAUGGAUGGCUUCUAUCAAAUCCUUAUGCGAGAACGGGAUAUACCCUAUACCGAAGUUAGCACCCCUAGCGGCAUGCUCUAA